AUGGGUGCAUCAAGCUUAGGUUCUGCUUUAGUAAAUUGCAUUAAUCUUUCAAAAUUGACACUUGACCUUAGUGGCAAUGAAAUUGGUGAUGAAGGUGCAUCAGGCUUAGGUUCUGCUUUAGCAAUAUGCAUUAAUCUCUCAAAUUUGACACUUUUACUUCAUUGGAAUAAAAUUGGUGAUGAAGGUGCAUCAGGCUUAGGUUCUGCUUUAGCAAAAUGCAUUAAUCUCUCAAAUUUGAAACUUGACCUUCGUGAAAAUUAAAUUGGUGAGGAAGGUGCAUCAGGCUUAGGUUCUGCUUUAGCAAAAUGCAUUAAUCUCUCAAAUUUGACACUUUACCUUAUUGACAAUUAAAUUGGUGAGAAAGGUGCAUCAGGCUUAGGUUCUGCUUUAGCAAAAUGCAUUAAUCUCUCAAAUUUGACACUUGACCUUAGUGGCAAUGAAAUUGGUGAUGAAGGUGCAUCAGGCUUAGGUUCUGCUUUAGCAAUAUGCAUUAAUCUCUCAAAUUUGACACUUUUACUUCAGUAAAAACAGUUUAUUUGUUUUGGAUUGUGA